AUGUCAACAAAGGUCAACGAGGAACUUAAGAAUAAUAUCAAUAAUUUGAAAGCCUCGUCUUUGGAUGGCAACUUUGAACCUCCAAAAAUCUCAACUGAACAAAUAUUGCAAACUAUUGAUGAAUAUUUUGAAAAAAAAGAAAAAGAACCAUGUCUAUUUGGCAUAAAUGUUCCGGAGAAAUUUGUUGAUGAUGAGACUGCUACUGCCGAUAGGGAAGUAUCUUAA